CGCAUGGAAGAAAAUUUUGAAAGGGAAAGUGCCUCCUCCAGAAAGGGAGGCCUAAUGCAAGAGGUUACCACAAAAAAGCCAGAAGUAGCACCCCCUUCUACAGAGCUACAUAUUAGCCUUAAAGAGGAGAUCAAGAAAGAGCCUGAGAUUGAUCAAAAAUCUGAAAGAAAAUUAGAGCAAAAAGAAGAGGAAAAGCAUGAACAAAGAUUAAUGACCUCUGGAAGUAAGGAAGGAAGCUCAACUGCUUCUCCAAAGAAGCUCAUCAAGAUUCCGAAGCAUGCUGGAUCUACCAAGAAAGUGGCUUCUCCGAUGGAUGCAACAAUAGGGAAGAAUUCACCCAUGAAAAACAUAUAUAAAAGCUCUGGAAAAAGUGUUAAAUCCAAGUAUAGAACAAUGAAGAGCCUUGAUAAAGCAAGGAGGUAUAAAGGUGGUCUGGCUUCUUCCUUCAGUAAAAUGUCCUCAUCUAGCAGCCAAGGAUUCAGGACCCACUAUAAUACCAGGCAAGGGAAUAGGAGUAAGAUCCCCAAUGGAUACAGAAGUUUGAUGACAUUGCAAAGAGCUGGCCCUGGCUCCUAUAAUCUCCCUCCUUUACUAGGAGGUUUCAUCCAUCAAAAUAAUAAAAGGAACAAUCCAAGAUAUUCUAUUGGGAAAGCCUCGAAAUAUGAAGUUCAGAGUAUGACCAAGGAGCAACUUCAGAGGAGUCCGGGGGCUGCAUCUCCUGGAGUUGGAUCUUACAGCCCAGAUCAUAACAAAUUUCGAGCUGAUUCCCCUAGAGCAACUAUUGGUAGAGAAAGAAGGUUUAUUCAACUGAAAUCCACUAAGACUCUAAAGAGAGAAGUCCCUCAUGCUUAUAUUAAACAAGACAAGAGUGGUCUAGGAUCUACACAAGGAAGAGGGUUUACUAAAGAGAAGAGAUUUGUUGUAGUUGCCAUGAAGAAUAGGGAUAAGUUGUCUAACCCUGCUCCUUCACACUACAAUCAUCAUUUACACAAUACCAUAUCUUCGAAUUUUGGAAAUCUUAGAAAUAAGGAUAGAAGUGCUACUAAAAAGUACCAUAAUAAGCCUGACUUCAAAAAGCAAAAGGGAUGUUAUGGGAAUGAGAGCUCUCCCGGACCAGGCGCUUAUGACAACCAUCUGCAGACAUCUAGUCUAAGCAGAAUGAGGAGGUCGCAUCAUAACUCUUUCACAAAAUCAGAAAGGAACUUAUUGCCAAGCAAGAAGUCGAUGACUAAUGAACCCAGCCCAGCUAGCUACAAGCCCCAGUCCUUCAUUGGCAAGUGUAAGGGUGGAGUCAUUGGCACUAGAAAAAGUAUUGACUUUACACAGCUUCACUCCCAAUUCAAAGGGUUGAUCAAGAGAGGGCUUGUCUAGUAAAUUAUUA